GCUGGUGUUUGUACUUUGUUCGUGGAGACUCACCACCGGAAUACACAUCACUGCCGGGGAGACGACAGCCACAUGUAGCACCAAUUCGCACUGCCUCUCUGUCGGGGCAACAAGGAGCACUAGAGGUACGGUUAACUCAAACUACUACCCUGUGGUGAUCUCAACAAUACAUCCUGCAAGAUGGAGAGAGUGUGGGUGUGGGUGUGGGCGGUGGGCGUGAUGGUGACGGCUAGCGCGGGUCACACAAAACCUCCCAACAUUCUUGUCAUGCUGGCAGAUGACCUUGGCAUCGGUGACCUUGGCUGCUACGGCAAUACCACCAUCAACACCCCCAACAUUGACAGAUUAGCCUCAGAGGGCGUCAAACUGACCCACCACCUGGCUGCCGCACCUCUCUGCACACCCAGCCGAGCCGCUAUGCUCACUGGCCGCUACCCUGCACAUUAUGGACUCGUAGCUGAUGACCUGCUCCUCCCAGUGAUCCUGCACGUCGCCAGUCACGCCGCCUUGCCUGUUGAGGAAGUGACCCUGGCCGACGCCCUACAAGCCGCCAAUUACACCACCUCUCUUGUCGGAAAGUGGCACCUGGGGAUGCACUGUGACUGGCUGGGACGGUCUUGCCCAGGACCUCUCAGCCACGGGUUCCAGUCCUUCUUCGGUAUUCCUGUCACACUCUUCCAGGAGUUCCGUGGACCACACCCCUUCUGGAAGUUCCCGUUGGGUGAAACUAAGUUCCAGGGGCUCCUGGUGACGUGGGUGGUGACGGCUCUGAGUCUCCUGGUGGCGGCCAAGAAGCAGACGGUGCGGCUCUCCGUGGUGGUGUUCCUCGCCCUCCUCACCAACCUGCUCCUCGCCUUGGUGUGGUUCGUCUUCGCCCACAAUUCAAAAAAUCCAGAAUGUAUAUGGCAGGUGUCGCCCUGGAUGCAUCGACACAUCAAUUCCAUGUUGAUGAGGAACGACAAGAUGGUAGAGACGCCCAUACAGCUGGACGGCCUUUCACAGCGUCUGGUCGAGGAGUCCCGACAGUUCCUGGCUGCCCACGCCAACGACGACCGCCCCUUCUUCCUUUUCCACUCCUUCGCCCACGUUCACACUCCCAUGUUCUCAGCGCCCCAUAUGAGAGGGGUCAGCAAGCAUGGCAGGUACGGAGAUAACGUGGAAGAGUUGGACGAGAGUGUUGGGGCGGUGCUGGAGGCCCUCAAGCAGUACGGGCUAGAGGACAACACUCUGGUAUACUUCACCUCAGACCAGGGAGGCCACCUUGAGGCCGUCGACAGUGAUGGACAACGCAUCGGGGGACACAACGGCCGCUACAAGGGUGGUAAAGUUCAGGGCGGGUCUGAGGGCGCCAUCCGUGUGCCAGGGAUCUACAAGUGGCCGGGUCACCUGCCCAAGGGCGUCACCGUAGACACACCUACCUCCCUCAUGGACCUUCUCCCCACCGUCCUCUCCCUCGCUGGCCUCCCACAUCUCCCGAAACUCUUGCCUCGAGCUGUCGACAAGGAACUGGACGGGGAGGACAUCUCGGAGCUGCUGGUGACUGGCAAGACUCAGAAAGGUCCUCGUGUCUUCCUGCAUCACUGUCAGCAGGCCAUACACGCCCUGAGGCUUGCUACAGAGGAACAUGUAUACAAGAUGUACCUGAAGAAGCACAACUGGUUCCCUGGAAGCACUCAGUGUGGCUGGGGUUAUGACGUAGCUUGUCGGUGUUACGGAGAGUUCAUUUAUAACCUAACCCAGCCGGAGCUUUGGGACCUCCGAGUCGACCCUUAUGAAGACGGCAAACCUAUCAGCUCCCACACCCAAGAAUACAAAGAUGUGGUAGGGAAGUUACUGGCGUACCUGAAGAAGUGGCAGGAGAAGGUCCACUAUGCCCCCGCACAACUGAGCAGCAUCCCGCAAGUCAUGUGGAGACCGUGGCUUCAGCCUCACUAAUCAUCUCCUCUACGGAUCCUGAUAUAUAUACAUGGAAGGGUUCGCACCACUGUCAAUACAUGUUUGGAAACUGAACUCAUAUUGAUGGAAAUAACACAGCGGACAUAACAAUGUAAUAAAAUAGAGGCUUUGU